UUUUGAUGAAAUUUUGUUUUAUUGUUUUGCAAAUUUACGGUUAUUUUCAUUUUACCACUGUUUUACAUUACAACUACUUGAGCUUGCCACCUCUUUAUCUUUUCAAUUGAAGACAACAUAACGACACACCCGGUAUUUUUACGUAACGACUUCUUUAAUAAUUAUUUAAUUUCGUAGCUUUCUUCCGUGCAGUACCCACAGCAUUCGAUUUUUCCAAACGAAACCCUAUACUAGUACAUCUUUGAUUUGAAAAAUUUUGCUCAACAACGACGAGCCAGCGGUGAAACGAAAACCAAAGCGAAAAACUCGGUUGUUUCUCUCCCAGAAUCGCAGCGAAGAAGGACAGAGUCGAGAACUUCUUCAAAAUCUAUGGCGUUCCCAAACGUUACAUUCUCAACUGUUACAUGAAUUUGUCAUGCAAAAGCACCUUCAGCCGGCAGAUGAUCGAGCUGCUUCGCAUGACAAAUUUCGGAAGGGCUAAACAGCAUCUAAAUCUGCGCCAAACUUGUAAUGCAAAAGGCGCAAUCUUCCUCCUUUCACUUUUGCCAGUCUUGCAUAUACAAACUCAUGUAACAGUUGAGAAUGUAACAUUUGAGAACUCCAUAAAAUCGGAAAGUGCGGAGCUUUUCACUGUCUUCGAGCUCUACUUGCUAGAGGAUAGGACGAACAACAAACGGUACUGUCUACAUAUUUUCGCUGUUUGACGAGUGCCGGUGGUGGUGCCCACCACGUGGGGACUUAUUUCCACCUGUCUCUGGCUGGAAAAAUCAAGUCCCAUAUGUCGUACGUGGUCAAAAAUGUUAUUUCUCACUUUCUCUAGCAGCUUGUUGUCGAUGUUGAAAUGCGUUUUUUAAAAAUCUAUAUACCUGACCUGGGCUAGUUUUCCGGGUAUCUUUGCUCAUCGGAAAGUGAGCAGAACAACAUCAUGGAUAUCCUUCUAUGAAAUAAAAACUUGUGCAAUAAUCAGGCUACAACGAAACAAAAACCGAAACCACAACGAAAUCGGCUUCUCUUCAAGAAACGCAGCGAAGGGGAACCGCGAGAAGAAGCAAACGAAGCGUCUUAACCAUCGAUUUUUUCACAAUUUUUCACUGCCUCCGCGGUGCGGCUUGGUAGUGCGAAAAGCGACGAGGACUGAGGGUAUAUCAGUGCCUAUUGAAGACUUCAUGUUGUUUCGCUGCGUACUUUUCGGUAAAAAUCUAACUUCUCACGGUGAGCUUGCCUUUUGCAAUAUGAGUGUAGUUGCUUGAUAUCUAGAUCCAAUAAAACCCUUUCCAGGACCACAACGACCUACUUCUGGCGCCGAAGAAAAUCUUCCAACGACGCAGGCAGAGUCGCAGCCGCCAUGACAACGUCAACGGCGGGAGCAAGUGCUAGUUGCUCAUCCUCGGAUUAUUUCGUACCGGCGAAGUCGCGAAAGAUGCUCGCGCGGCCGCUGUUUCGACGAUUCAGAUAUCCUGUGUAAAAUAGGGAUGCAUGAUGCCCAGGAGGAGGUGUAUUUUACUGGUGCCGCUACAGCACUUGCAGUUGCACUACCUGCAGGAGCAUGAUAUCAGCGUUCGAGUAGAGCGCUGUUUUCGAAGUAAUAGUUAAAAAAAAUCCCUUACCCCUCCAAAAAAUUGAAAUUCGAAAAAAGCAAAAAUCGACCAGACCUUACUAUAAGCAAUGGAGAAGUACAGAUGGGCGCAGCUCAGCACGCUUUUUACACAGGAUAAGAUUGGCAAAGCGGCCUCUGCUCUCGUCGCUGCUGGUGGACCAUCCGUGUUUCUUUUGCCAGUGGCCGUCGUGGAGGUUGCCGGGCUUGGUGAGGUUGAGAAUGCUGCUGCUCCAGCCCCAGGCCAAGAUGAACUUCAUGUUGCAGCUGCGCAUCGUGGUACGCCGUCGCCGCCUGCCGUUUUGGUCAAAAGCGGCAUCGUUGUCGACAAUGGGGAAAACAACUCCAAUGCCAAGCCUGACUCUCUGAUCGCCGGCGCGACCUUCAGCACGGAGACCUCAGCUGUUGUCGCAGCUCCUAUGCAUUGCAAAUAUGAAAACUUGGGGUCUCGUUCUGGAACGCGAAUAAAUUUGUGAUGCUGGCUCAACUUCCUCAUCAGAGAAGUGACCACCGCACUUCUGCAAUGGUGCCUGCCAAGCAUCACAAGUUUUUGUUUUUCAUUUACUACUUCCAGGGGACGAGCCCCAGGACGCCAUAUUUGCACUGGAUCACAGCCCCACCGAUGCAACCACAACAACAAGAGCGGAAGUUCCUGUCGCCCCGGCCGGGCGCCAAGCGUCACUGGCUGCUGCAACAAGCCUCCGGUUGGUUUUCCUCGUUCUUCCAAACGGGGGCGACCACAACCUCGAGUGGCAAGACCGACGAGAAGGUUGCUGACCCGUCGCCGGCCCCAGCGCCAGACGAGGACCGGGCUGUUCUUGGUGACGUCGCGAAACCUUCUUCUACCGUCGAAAAUCCAGCCCCGCAAGGGCCGGACCCCGCCGGGCAGCACGUGGCGACGUCUUCGACGUCUCCUCUUAUUCCUGGAGAGGAUGUUGGUGCCGGCACUGCUGCUCCCUCUACCAGCUUCCUUUUGGAGACCGAGAAAACUACGCCGAAAGCGGAAGCCGGUGCGGCAGGAACGACCGUGGGGGAUGGUCGUUCGGAAAGCUUCAAUUCGGAAUCUCAAUCUUCUUCGAAGUCGGGCGAUGUUGAAGAUGCAGGUCGUGACGUGGCGCCGCAGGUGAGUGGCGGUGCGUCGGACACGUCGGAGGGAUCGCAUUUCUCGGAACAACAGCAGGAUCAUUCCGUAUCAGAAUUUUGAAAACCGGCUUUAGUCCUUUGUAAUGAAGAGAUCCGAGAUGGUCAACCAAGUUGCAGCAUGAUAUUUGCUCAUCUUUGCUGUUCUCAGCUAUUCUUGUCAUGAUGCCGUUUCUGUGCAGCAGCGGACUCUUGCUUUCCCAAAUAGUGCGACGGGCCAUCACAUCCUGAGGUCUGCAAAGUGGCGGGCCUUGUGACCUAGAUGGACUAGGGGUCACGCCGGUUUUCGAUCGCAUAACACAACUCCGCUACGACUGCCUCCGCUUCCCCGUCGAUUCCAGCAUCCACCUCUGCGACCGACUUCUUGGAAAAACAGUAUCAAAAAAACUACAACUACUUCUAAUCAUGCAGUCGCCCCCCGAACGAGUUAGAUUGGCAUUUAUUGAUAAAGAUUUCUUCAGCAGUCGCAGGUGGUCUAUACGGAUUUCCAGUGUUUAAUCUGGAAUAGCGUCCGAGUCUUUUGUUGCGUUGUUACCUUGGAGAAACGAUGCACAACGAGCAAAGUGACAGCUUUUUUACCCUACUUACUUUUAGUCGUACUACUGUUACGUCGAGAACCCCAACAGUGUCGUGGUUAUUGAUGAGGUUUAUCACUCGUGCUGUGGGCGGGCAACAUAUUGUACAUAGAUGAAGUAGUUUUUGAACACUGUGAUACACGAACGGAUCCUUUGGGUGGUCCCAGCGUUCCUACCCGGCAGAUUGACGAACAAACGUCUGAUCCCACUACGACUAGCACUACAUCUGAACCGGCUGAAGACGUCAAUGCGAAUACGGGUAUCCAUCGAAAAAUCACCUUCCACAACUUGUUGUUCACACGCCGCAAUGGCAAUUUGGAAUGGUUUGUAAUGCUACCACGACGUCCAGCACGCGGUAAGAAAAAGUAGAAGUAGCAAGUAGUAGGACUAUAAGCACAACAACUAGAAUUUGAACUUGUACAGGCCUUCUUUUUUUUGUAUUCUCUGGAUAGAAGUACAGAUCGUCGACGAGGGUUAUUUUGUCUUCCAUAGCUCACACCGCGAAAACUUCGUUUGCCCUCACGGAGCCGGCUGCGCAGGGCAAAACCACUGAAAGCGACGGCUCGUCUUCACUGUUGCACAAGAAGAAUGUCGACCCUCGUGUUGCUUCCAAAGCUGCUACCGAGGGGGACGGCAGUGAUGAAACGGGACAUGCGAAGAAGGGUUCGGACUUGUUCCCUGCUCCGGUUGAAGAUGCAGAUCCUCCUCAUGAUCACAAUGACUUCAAGCCGACGACUGAAUCUGAAUCUUCGCGUCCAGUUGGAGAUGAACGCGUUCCUCCUGUGCCCGCCGCUUAUGCUGCGUAAAAAGCUUAUCCAGCCCAUGGAGGUGGCAUCAAAAUAGCAGGUUUGCCUGUGCGCAGGUCGAGACGUCUUCCUGCGAGUCUUCGCACCACAUAACAAACUCCCAUGACCACAGAUUUCGAUGUUUACAGCAAAAAGUCGUGGGGUGUGUUUAAGUCACAAAUGAUCCACGCCUGUCUCCUGAGUAGAGGAUGCAAAUAAAUCUUCCUUGUCAAAUAUGAAUGGAAACAAGCAAUCAUGGUUGGAAUUCUCGCAUGUGAGAAUGUCUUCCAAUCAUGCGCGUGCGCGUGCGCAUGCCGGACCUUGUUCUGCAUGACAAAGCAGGUCGGGUAUAAUUGGGUACGCUUUUACAGAGGAUGAUGUCAAUGCGGCCGCUGAUGCAGCCAGUUUCGCAGAGUCGGCAUCCCUGCCGGGGUCGUCCUCGCCGUCGUCCGCCGGGGGUGUCACAGCCGCACCGGAUCAGCACGUUCAUGGUGCCCACACCGAAGGAGCAGCCCGGCAACGCGUCGAGAAGCUUCACGAGGGUAUCCUAAUUGAGAAUGGGCCCGCGCCGCCACCAGCCCCAUAAGAGUACCCUCAGGUGGGCCCACAGAUAAAGACGAGGAGGAGCAGCAUGAAAUUAAAGACUUCUGUUGUCGCGGCGUCCGUUAAUAACACUCACUCACACUGAUGCUAGUUCUGCAGGAGAUUGAGACAUCCGUACGGACGAAAGCCAGACACGAGAAGUAUUAUAUAUCUUUGGUAUGCGUACUUCAGUUUCAUCAUCAUCCCAUCAUUUUGCUUGUGGCAAAGUAGCGAACUCUUUAUCGUGCAGCUCUGAGAAGGUACGAGCUCGAAAAAAGCUACAGUCGCAUGGUUACGAAGGAAGCGACAAGGGAAAGCGGCAGUGCGAUUAUGCCGAAGCCGAAGCUUAAGCCGAAGCUUCCUGCUUCUAUGGAGUUUCGUGCGAGACGGAGGCCCGCAGGGCAACUGCUUUGAUUGCUAUCUUUACUGGACCGCUUUAAUAAGUACACAAGAUAGGUCUUAUUUAUUUUUUUUUAUGUGGCUGGGUUCGGGUGCUGGGCUUACUUUUCAAUUGCUAUAAAUGAGGAAGCUGCAGUGUUGGAUGACCAUCAUCACGCCGCCGGGGCGCUAAAUCGAAAGCUGCCCGUUGCGGAAGGUAACAGUUAAAAAAACUACAGCAUGUGCAUGUUGGUUUACGAAGGAAAAUCGAUCAAAGCUCAAGCAUUUUGUAGCGGCAGGCGAAACGGAAUAGUGAUAGUCUCGUUUCUCGUCUGUCGUAGCCCCGAAACGUUCCAGUCCCACUUUGUGCCUAGGUGUUAGCGAUCUAGCGCCAGAGCUCCUCAACUACUGGGAGGCCUCGGGCUUGUGAGAAUUGGAAUUGUAUGUAUUUCAUUUGUGAUUGUUUCUCAAAUCCGAAUAGUGUUAGCGGUCGUGGCACACAGGACAGUGCAAGUCAGAUUGGCAACAAGAUUCAUCUUGCAAGUGGAGCAGUGCGGGAGCGUGGUCGUGCAUCAAAAAGCAAUGAUUUCCUCUAGCCCUAUCACCUUCUUUUUGUACACCUCAAAAUUGAUAUAACCAAGACAACACAACAGUUGACGGGCCUCUCAACCACGAGCACGGGAACGGGUGUGCUGCGGAGGAUUGCGAAGAGUAUGUCAGCCACCUUUGCUGUUGACAAGGUCAUGUAUUGUGGCAUCCUUUUGAACUAGUAGACGAACAGGAGAAGUGCGCAACUUGUAGUUUUGAUGGUGUAAGGUUUGAUGUUCUCGGCCACUUUCAUGCAUUGCAAUAUCUCGCUCUGGUUCUCUUCCUGAGUAGAACGAGCGGAUUUUCGUGCACGAACUCCCACGCCGUGCGCCCUAGCAGCAUGAUAUCGGGCGUUCUAGAGCAUGCUUGAUAGUCCGGGCUUUUGAGGAGAUCCGGGGGAAAUUGGACGACAGUCGGGCACGCCCGCGCCCCGCGCCGUGUCGUACUACAAAAGCAGUCUUUUUCAUCUCUCACUGUAUAAUGCUCCUCUUCAUCGGUCGCACUUAUAAGGAAUAGGCCGCCACACUUUCAUCGAAGUUGGCAACACAGGUGAGCGGUCUAUAUUAAAGAUCGAAGCGACAUCGCGGGGGCCGCUGGGGCCGCGGGAUUUUCGACACUGGAGAGCUGGCCUGCGGCGCUCCCGCCCAUGGGAGCACGUCCGCCUCCGGUUCUGCAGCGGUCAAUGUCGGCUAGUGCUGGUGGUUUAGUACUACAUGGAUAUCCAGCAGCCUUUCAACCCUUGGAUCCCAGAAGUGCCCCGCCACGGACAAUGAGUCCGGUGUCGAUGCCUGUGCAGCUGCCAACGUCGGAUGGGUCGCAGCGACAACUUGUUCGAGCAAGUACUACUGCUUUACCUGGAUAUCCACCAGCUUAUGGCUCUCAUCCGUCCGGUUCUUCGAAUUCGGGGCCAAAUGUUCCUCGGCAGUUUGUUCAAGGAAGAGCAUCAGCACCAGCGGCGGUCAUGGGCCACUUACCCCUUGCCAUGAUGGCGCCCGCCCCCCGAGGGGUUGCAAGUUGGCAUGCCGGUGAUCGUGGGUCAGGCCAGGCAAAGUGGUUUACGCAGGCUUUGUUCGACAGUGCCUCGGUGGGAAAGAAGCAAGGCGAGUACGAGUUGUAUACGGUGAUGAAGCAGAAAACGAAGGACACACUGAGGUCGAUGGAAAAAAAGGGGCCGAAAACCUUUGAAAAGAUUACCGCCGAAGCUGCAAAAGGGCCAGUAGGCUUGCCUCCUGGGGUCGCCGGCAAGGAAGCUCGUUUGAACUUCUGGGACACAAAACUUGACUCCGUACUUGUCGAAGGUCAGCUGAGCCAGUUACAAGUGAGCCAGUUACAAGGAUACAAGAACGCCAACGCCAAGACCGUUGCGGAUUUCGAGGGGCAAUAUAUUUAUUACCCCGGGCUGAAUAUGCAGACCGCGGGAAGCAAAAUUUACUCGACAUUGGGCAAGCGAUUGGGGGCGGGCACUUUUGGAGCUGCGUAUGAACUGAAGAACCAAAAGCAAGACGGGACGAGGCAGCGUCAAGUUGUGAAGAUGAUUGCGUGUCCGCACUUUGUCGAUGCGCUGCCCGAGCAUUUACAAAAGCAGGCGCCUCAACCUCAUGUGUGUGGAGACGAAGCCUUCACGGAAAUCGUGUUUAACUUGGUACUAACAGCGGCUGUUCCCGAUUCGGUUGCUCACGUGCAUCGAGUUAUGGUGUCGCAGUAUGUCGACGACCAGCAUCUCGCAGCACUGCAGAACGCGAAAGUGGUCUCACCAGGCCAAGUAUCUUUCAGAAAAAAGCUAGCGUGUCGCAUUUCAUGUCAAUGCAAAAAUGCAGUGGCAGAAAAAUCUAUGCCUGCGACAGGAGAGCGUCGAGGGUGUAGUAGUGUGAGGCAGACAAGACGGAAAAGUCCUCUUUGUAUUUUUUGUUGAAGACUAUCGAAGAAGCUUGUACUCGCCUUGUAUUUUUUUUUGCAGUUGCGCUACGUUUUUGGCCUUUUUUCUGUAGGAUACGCAUUGACCCCUACUCACACGGUUUUUGGAUUUUUCGUCGAAGAGCUGGAAAUCGCGGUUGAGCUCAAAGGGAAAGAGUCCCAAGACGAAGAACAGCGACGCAGCAAGCAAAUUGAGGGGGCCUUGUCUGUCGCCGGAGAUCUUGCGAAAAACCUGUACGCACACUUUUUUGAUGACUUUUUCCCGCUCGGCUUUGUGCACAACGACAUCAAAUUGUCGAACAUGGGCUUUGUGAUCAGCAGCGGGCAUCCGACGUAUCGACAGGUGAAGCUCUUUGAUUUUGGCUUGUCCUCUUUUGUUGCCGUCGAAGAUGACAAGAUGCCGGUCAUGUUUGGCAUCGAUCUGAGCCGCGACAUUGCCGGAACCGCUGUUUUCUUUAACCCAGUCUUACGGUAUCGGGCCGACGGUCAUGACUUCCGCUCCACGCCGCUCCACGACUACACGCCGCAGUUCGGGCCGCCAUUCGAUCUUUACGCGGCUGCGCGAACGCUGGCUGAGCUUUUUGGUGAGCCGGAGGCUUUACGCAACAACUUCGGGUCCAGCCUGCUGAUUGCCAAGGAGAACCUGGGCGACGAGAUGUUCUACACAAAUUACAUUUCUGAUCCAAUCGAGCUCUCGAGCAAGGGGCUACCCUACCUCGCAGCAAGCAAGCUGUUGAAGACGACAAGAGGGAAGGACGCGCCGCAGCCAAAAUACAUCGCGAAGCUAUGAAACUGAAAAACCCCCCGUCCCCAACCGCAAAGCGGGACUUAUGUAGCAUGAUUUGCGCCCACGAAUUAUAUCAAAUUGCCAUGCCAGAAGGAAAGGGAUGCGGAUUCGAAUCCUGUCUGGCGUGGCAAGGCGUUGCGACUUUAGGAUUAGAGGAGCCCACAACUGCACUGACUGGUGCCAGAAAUCGAAGCAGCGCUACAGAUUGCUCGCAAAGUAGGCCGCGCGUGCGUCUUUUGCCCGGUAGCAAUGCAAGGCGACUUGCGUACGCAAAUUGCGAAAGAGAGGCCGCCUUUAGAAUAUGGGCGGGGAAGGGGGGACUUUUCCUUACGACAGGCGCGCGCGGACACAGACGAGAGUCCCAGGUCUGGAAAACCCCUUCGCGUGCCAGGAUCUAAAUGGGGCCGCGUUUUUUCGGCGGGCGAUUAUACAAUUCCCAAAAACGACCCGAAAAUCCAGAGCAUUUAUCUAAAAAACGUAUGGAGCGGGUUCGUUUUUUCAUCUACUGGACAGCACGCCACAUCCACUAAAGUGGGGCGGCUUGUUGGGGGUUUCGGAGUAGAAGGCAGCGCUUUGCAGUUCUGGCUGGAUCCAAGGGCCCGGCGCGUGCGCCUUUUAUCGUGGUAGGAAGGAUUGGCUGGGGCUGGGCCUGACCCCGUAGCCCGAAAGAUGUUUCGCCGAGCCGGGCACUGUGUUGUGUUCCUUGCCUUCUGUCAGUUGCCGCAAAGCCGCGCCAGCCCAGGCGCUUGUAGUGUGGGCUGUGGCACCGGGUAAGCAUACUAAGAGCCCCCGAAGGGGUGGCGCGGGCCCUCCGACCCCGUCCUACCUGGCACUGAGUAAGGGAGCGGCGGCGCCUCGGCAGCCGUGGCACCACUGUGGGCCGGCGGUUGCGAUGUGUUGUUUUUUUCUGGUGCGUAUUGUAUCAGCCCCGUUUUGUUCGACGGGUGGCCAUCUGCCUCUUUUCGACUGGGCCGCCCCCAAAAACUCUGACUGCCCUCGUGGUGCCGUCAUCUCGCCGAUGCCUUUCCCCCAUGAUCUGACUCUGUUUGCCUCUGCUCUUGUUGCUCGUGGUUUUGGUUCGAUAGGCUGGCGCCAACGUAUGAUGUUCACUUGACCCUCCAGCGCUGUUUUUCGUCUAGCGAGGAUCAUGAAGCGCGAAGCGCUACAGGGGGAUACGCGCACCACUUAAAGUGUAGUUGGGCGUGUCCCCUUGUAUCUGGUCAAACCGCCGAGCCCGCUAGCGCUUCCCUUGUUUUCUUUGUAGGGCCGCGCGCUGGGUUGCUUGCGUAUGUCUUUUUCUGUAAGUAGCCAUACUGGAAGCUUCUGUUGCUAGUGCGCAGCGAGAUGUUCCUCUCGCUCUCCUGGCCGUCGGCGUAGAGCUUCCCAGCCGUCCCCUUCGUAUGUUCUCUCGUGCCGCUAUUCGUUUCGUUGUCUGUCUCCCACCUGGGCAUGGGAGUGGGACCCACAUUUGCAGGGGCAUGAUGGAUCUUCGAGAAGAAAGUACUUUAUUCAACAUUAGAGCCAAUGUCAUAUUACGAAGCUAAGCUUCGUGUGUGAGCCUUGUAGCAACAUUGGAGUCUCGGAGCCUUGUAGCAAGCUUCGGAAGCUUGCUACAAGGCUCCGAGACUCUUAGCUGCAUACAUGUAUUUUAGGGCCACGUCGGAUGCGACUACGACUGGCAUUUCAUGCAUUGACAGCGCCAGCGCUGGCAGCGCGACCAUGGCCACGGUGCCGGGGUGGUUGUUUGACGCCUUCCCGACCGCCGUAGCACCUGGUGCAGCAGCACCUACUGAAACCGGGAGUGCGCCUCAUCAUUUUGUCGCGUCGCCUCGUAGGUGUUGGCGCUGGGUGGGCGCCCACUUCUAUAGAGCGGGUCGCCCUGCUCGGCACCCACCAAAAUUGCAGACGGGCAGGCACAAAAAGGGCCGAGAAUCCGAGCUACUAUGAUUUGUGUUUUUCGUCGAACUGGGAGAGGGGGAGAGCAGGCCCCAAAAAGACGGGGGCAGAACUCCCAAGAAUUCCGUCCCGUUUGAAUAUCUUUGCGCCGACCCGGCCGCGCUUGCGCAGCGGAUGGGGUGUCUGUCUCGAGUGUGUUUGCAAUUUCCAUAGGGGCCGGGGGCCGUCUCCCGUCUGCGUGGUGUGGUUUCAAAUUCACAACCCGUCCAGCUUCUCGCCCGCACUUUCAUGACUGGUUCUGGAGCAGGUUUCAGUGGGAGCCUCGGCCCCAGCGCCAGCAGUGGUUCUUCGUCGAGCCGCAGUUCCGCGCCUGGAGCAAGUUUGCGCACCGUCUUCGGCGGGGCGAGCCGUCGAAGUGAUUCAUCCGUUGUCGGCCCUAUUCCUAUUUCGUCGGGAACACAGACCCCCGGCAGCAGUGGCUCAUUGGUGCACCCCGGGUCCAGUUUGUUACCGCUGCCCCCUGCACAGCUCGCUUCCCGGCCGCGGUCUGUUGCAUCCCAAGCUUCUCCUUAUGCCUUUUCGGCGCCGGGACAAGCGCAGGCGGGCCCCACAAGGAGCUACAGCAGCCUCAGCGCCAGCAGUGGUUUUUCGUCGACGCCACAAGUUUCGGGAGGUCCUUUCGGUCCAAGCGUCAGCGGUUUUCCUGUUGUGUCGAGUUUGCCACCAGGACAAGGGCUGCAGCCCACGUGGGGCGGGUCCCGCUCGUUCCUGCAAGACGGCGGAGAGCCAGGUGCUGAGAGUGAACACCAAGGCGACGGGCCCGUUGCUCCUUAACUGUGAAAGCGGGACGAAGGCGUUGCCUUGCCUGUCGAAGCGGGAAGGCGGGAAAGUGCCCUCCAUCAAAUCCGCUACCGGCAUGUCGUCGCAGUGUCUCUGCCAGACAGAGGCCUUUUUCGUGAUGUACUUGACCAAGAACUCGUUCGCGAGGAUAGUGCUUGUAGUUGGAACCUUCGGGCGGGGUUGUAGCCAAGUCCAUACUACGGACAGCGGUCGUCCUACAUGGACUCACGAUACGUCGAGGGCACCUAUGUAGCGCAACGUUUUUUUUUUUUUCUCUAUUUGUUUCGCGUGCAUAGAGAUGAACUGGAGCACGCGGCGUUGAACAAUAAAGACGCUUAAAUAACGGGCUGCCGCCCAAAGCAGAGCAUUUGUUUCCACUAAGCUACUUUUUCCGGACCUCACGAUCAUGAGCGCGAUUUUUUUCGAACUGCCCAGUGCAAUCACACGAAAGGAGCUGCCAGCGCUAAUUUUCAAUUUUGUCGGUUUGAGUAACAGCACCGAACUGAUGCUUGAUGCUCUUCAGAACAAAUUUGUAACUCUAGCAUUUGGGAGGUUGGAGUUUUUUUACUUUUCUUUCGUUGAAGUUCCCAGUGCCAGUCGACGAGGCGAACCAUUUUCAUUGUAUUUUUUUCACAACUUGUUCAAUUACAACAUCUCCAUUUUCUUGCAACGACUUUAAUCAGCUUCAUCGCACUUGCUCGCCAUCCGUUUCUAUUGCUCUUGAGUUUACAUUUUCGAGAAACGCUACAGCUCGCAUUUUCCACUUUAAACAGGAGCAAAGCUUUUCACAUUUUUAAGCACGCAAAUUGUAACUUCACGCGGUCUUUUUUCAAAUAACAUCAUAUUGAUUGAGGUUCAAAAUUGCAACAACUCUGGCUCUGCACCACCACGUACAUUAAUCUUUCAUCUGUCCUAGUAUUUCUGUAGCUUCACGUCAUGUUUUGUCAUUGCUUCUAUUAUUUUUGAGACUUGAAAUUGAAUGUUGGCUUGACACUUCCUACUCUUGUGAAUUGAAGAAUAUACUACUAUCUACUUGACCUUUACUACGAAACUUGCUUUAUAAAAGAGUUACUUUUUAUUUUUGUGUUUGUUAUUGUCUCACCUAGCAUUUUUUUGUUUUUGACUAUGAGCGUUGUAAAAGUAGGGGCUUCAGUUUCCGAGACGGAGAAAAUUGUUUCCGAUCUGACUCGAACUUGUGAUCCUCGAGAUGCACUAGUCCUCUGUUUCAGUCCGUUCCUUCCGUUGAACGUCGAGGUAGACAACUUUACUCCGUCUUCAAAGUCAUCAAGAUCAACCGAUGAAAUUUACAACGCAGCGGAGCGGCGCACAGGAGAGCGCCAGUCCGUGGGUGAAGAUGACGGUGACGAAGUCAAAUUGCUUAUACAGCGCUCAGCACGAACAUGAACAUCACAGCUGCGCUUGAAGAACACGAAGGAACGAAACCAAGAAAAAAAAAGGAAGAAAAAUGAAUAAAUAUUGCGUUGCCAUUUUAUUAUUUGGACUGUAAGCGAAAUCAAAAAA